UACAGCUCACCCUCUCUCUCCUCUCUCUGAGCUCGAGCCUCUCUUCCCUCUCUGAGCCUGCACGAGCUCUCCUCCUCCUCCCUGAACCAAAACCUGCGCGAGGCGGCCACUGAAGCGCGAGGCGUUUAGUGUUUGUCUCUCCCUCCUCCUCCUCCCUCUUUCUUCUUCUUCUUCUCCCCUCCGGUCCGGUUCGGUCCAACAUGGCUACAGUCGUAACCUCGACCCGAUUCACGGACGAAUAUCAGCUGUACGAGGAACUCGGAAAGGGUGCCUUCUCCGUCGUCCGCCGAUGCGUCAAGAAGUCCACCGGUCAGGAGUACGCUGCUAAAAUCAUCAACACAAAAAAGCUCUCGGCCAGAGAUCACCAGAAACUGGAGCGGGAGGCGAGGAUCUGCCGUCUGCUGAAACAUCCAAACAUAGUACGACUCCAUGACAGCAUCUCAGAGGAAGGCUUCCACUACCUUGUCUUUGACCUUGUCACUGGAGGAGAGCUGUUUGAGGACAUCGUUGCAAGAGAGUAUUACAGCGAGGCAGAUGCCAGCCACUGCAUCAAUCAGAUCCUGGAGAGCGUCAGUCACAUCCACCAGCACGAUAUCGUUCACCGCGACCUCAAGCCGGAGAACCUGCUCCUGGCCAGUAAGAUGAAGGGAGCAGCGGUGAAGCUCGCAGAUUUUGGUCUGGCCAUCGAGGUUCAGGGGGACCAGCAGGCAUGGUUUGGUUUUGCCGGAACUCCAGGGUAUCUUUCCCCAGAGGUGUUGAGAAAGGACCCGUAUGGGAAGCCAGUGGACAUAUGGGCGUGUGGUGUGAUCCUGUACAUCUUACUGGUGGGCUACCCUCCCUUCUGGGACGAGGACCAGCACAAACUGUACCAACAAAUCAAAGCCGGCGCGUAUGACUUUCCUUCCCCAGAGUGGGACACAGUGACCCCCGAGGCCAAGAAUCUGAUCAAUCAGAUGCUAACGAUUAACCCUGCCAAAAGAAUCACUGCCGACCAGGCCCUCAAGCAUCCCUGGGUCUGCCAACGCUCCACCGUGGCCUCCAUGAUGCACCGUCAAGAGACUGUCGAAUGUCUGCGCAAGUUCAACGCCAGGAGGAAACUUAAAGGAGCUAUUCUCACAACGAUGCUGGUGUCCAGGAACUUUUCAGUGGGACGGCAGCAUACCAGCCCUGCCGCUACCACCAGCACGGCCGCAAUGGCACAGGAAGCGUGCAAAACCUUACUAAACAAAAAGUCGGACGGUGUGAAGUCGCAGGGAACCAACAGUAAAAACAGUGUAGUAAGCAGCAGCAGCACCAAAGACAGCAGCAUGUCAUCUUCAGCUCCAAUGGAAGCCCAGACAACUGUUGUACACAACCCAGCUGACGGCACCAAGGGCUCCACAGAGAGCUGCAACAACACAGAAGAGGAGGAGAUGAAAGGUAGGAAAGCUCGUAAACAGGAGAUAAUAAAGAUGACAGAGCAGCUGAUUGAAGCCAUCAACAACGGAGACUUUGAGGCUUACACGAGAAUCUGCGACCCUGGACUGACUUCUUUUGAGCCAGAGGCCCUCGGAAACCUGGUGGAGGGGAUGGACUUCCACAAGUUCUACUUUGAGAACCUUCUGAGUAAAAACAGCAAGCCGGUGCACACCACCAUCCUCAACCCUCACGUCCAUCUGAUCGGUGAGGACGCCGCCUGCAUCGCCUACAUCCGCCUGACGCAGUACAUGGACAGCCAGGGACGGCCGCGCUCCUGCCAGUCAGAGGAGACGCGCGUUUGGCAUCGCCGCGACGCCAAGUGGCUCAACGUUCACUUCCACUGUUCAGGAGCGCCGGCAGCACCCCUGCAGUGAACUGACAAGCCAGGCAAGCUUUGCCUGAACUCUGAAGCUUUUUGGAGCAUUUAUCCUCCGUGGUCGGAGUGGUGCCGGGAUCCUGGCUGGGAAGAGGCUGCUUGGAAAACACAAAAGUUGGAAAAAUACAUUACAGUUUAAAAAAAAAAAAAAAAAACACAAACACAAACCAAAAAAAAACAAACAAAAAAAAGCAUAUUUCAAAAGCUUGAGUGAAUGACCGACCACACCGAGCAACACCAAUCCAGUCCAACCCUAGCUAGAUGAUGUUGGGGCCCGGCGGAUGUCAACCCCUGCUUGGAGAUGGUGCAUGCUUCUGGUGGCAACACAGGGGUGAUGCUGUCCUGCUCCUUUCCUCCCAUGGCCUCCCCCCCCCGUCUUUGUUUUGUCUGCCGUGUGGAAAAGUAUUAACGUGUUAAAAAAUAUAUAUAACAACUGAAAACACUUCACACACUUAGUGCGUAUGACUGGGGCAGCAUCUGGAACAAUGUGAGUUGUUUUUGUCUCGACGGAGCAGCAGAAAGUCGACUUUAUUACAGGUGUUGUUUGUUUUACACUUUACAGGUUUAUGCGGGUGGGGAGCAACUAAUAUCUACUCAAUAUCAGAAUUUAACAACAUUUUCAGUGUCCGCUUUGAUCUGACAUGAUGUUUUAAAGGGUUUAGGCGUUUGAUGUGUUACUGAAGGGACCCUUAUUUUUAUUUUGUCUUUUUGUAUCAUGUGUUUUGUUUUAUCCCCUGAAGGAGGGAUAAUAUUUUAAAGUAUUUUGUGUUGAGUAAUUUUUAAUCAAAAGGGGAUUUUAUUUAACAGAAUUGUGUAUAAACAGAUAUUUAUAUAGGAGGGAAACGUUCUUUGCUUUCAGGGUGUAGGGAGGGGAUUUUGGCAUGAGAGUGGGUCUUUUUCUUCCUGUUUUGAUGUCCUGAGGUGUAAAUAAUAAAAAACAUAUCCACACACAACCUGCAUGAACACACACUGUGCUCCAGCCUUUGAGGUCGAGCCUCUCCGGAGCUUCAGACGGCGUCCAGGCCAGCUCAUCCUGAAGUUGCAGAAGGUCUCCAUCUGUCCGCCCUGCGGUGUUUGAACACUAGGUGGCGCCGUCAGUUAGAAGUCUAGAGCUCCUCACGUUUGACGACCAAAUCUGAAAGCACGGACACUCUCACGCCAACUUCUUACUUUUCUUUUGUUUUUCUGUGUUUUUUGCCGUGAAGCAUGAUAACUGAACUAUCUAAUGGCCUGUACUGUUUUUGCACAGACACUUACGACUCGAUGCUGUUGUGUUUGCUCUUCCGAGGGAGUGAACCUUUCUGCAACUUCAGGUUACGCUCGCCAAAAUCCUUCCCUUCCACCCUACCUCUGCCCCUCUACUUCAUCAUUCCUGCCUCUCCGGGUGUCGUGACCUUCGCUGAUCAGCCCCAUUACUGUCGUAGUAGCGCCACGCCGUGUGAUGAUGAUGAUGUCACCCUAAACGCCUGUCUCUUGUUCUGACUGUGUUCCUAAAAGUUUGUGUAUCGUCCGUCUUGGCUUGCUGUACUUCGGUGUGAAGUCCUGGCUAUAAAAAGCAUGUUAAAAAGGAAAUCCAUGCCGAGGGAUUGGACACAAAAAAAAAAGGCAUGACGGGGAGAGGGCGACGCCGUCUGGAGGGCUGUGGGACCUUUGCUGAUGGCAAUCAAUGAUUUGGUCCCUUCUGUCAGUUUUUGUUGUAAAUGUUGUAGUUGUCAGUGUUUUGAUGUUGAUAUUUUUAUCAGUUGUUUUAGCCAGAACUUUAAAGAAUAUAUUAGAGGGGUUGAAAUGAAUGGAGACUGCCACAACUAUUUUUAAAAACGCCCCUCACUCACUGAUCGAUGCGCAAUCUUGAGACAAAAUCCUUUGCUAUUGGAAGUCACAGCAUCAUAUAAGCACAGGAGGUGAACGAUUCUCCCUUUAAAAGAGGACUAAACAUAUCUGUGUGUCAGUGGUUCCACUUUGCAGCACUGUUUUUUCACUGUUGUAGAACCUUGUGAGUGUGUGACUUUGUACCUGUGGAGGGGUGAGGCUUGCCGUCCGUCCCGUCUCUGUGCUACGCUGCUCCAUCGUAACUCGUGCACUACGUAGGCUGUUGCUGCUGCUUCUGUUCGAGCAGAAACCACAAAGAUGCUUCAGAACAUCACAUAUCAUGUCUGUGUACCGACACCUUGAAGCAAACUUUAAAAGAACAACGUUGUGAAUCAUACGUGACCCCGUCCUCCUGUAUCAGCCGCCUGUGCUGUGACAUAUCUGACACGCCAUGAAAACUGUGCCCCCCCCCCCCCCUACACUUUUUGCACCAUGACGACGCGUUGUAAAACCAGUACUGAAACUAUGUGAUGUUUUUUAUGGUUCUAAGUAGUUCUGUUCGUGCUGUGGGCGCCGGCCCAGUUGUCUGUUGAUGCCACCGUUCUGACCAGAUGCUUUUCUUUCAUUGUGCGUUUCCACACAGUCAUGGGAAUGUCGACAGGGAAAAGUGAGACGCAGUUGAACUUCAGGGGUUAUCUAAAAAGCAGGGGGACUGAUUUGGGGGAGAACAGGUUUGCCAAAGUUUUUGGACAGUUGAUAUUAGAGUUUUUGAUUAAAAGGAAGCUAAAACGUCAACAUGUUGAGAUGUAGUAGCAGGAAAAACAAAGAUGUAAACAUAAACAGGGGCAUUAACCCUCCUGUCGUCGUCAUUUACGGGCACCAAAAAUAUUGUUUCCUUGUCUGAAAAAAAUUCAAAAAUUCAGCAAAAAAAAUUUCUGAAAAUUUGCAAAAAUCUUCAGGAAGAAAAUUCCAAUAAUUCCUUGAAAAUUUCCCUGGAAAGUUUUAUAUAAAGAAAAUCCCCUUGAAUUUGGCAAAAAGAAAAUGUUUGUAACUAUUUUCCAAAAAAUGAGUACAAAUUUUCCCAAAUAAAUCCUAAAAAUAUCUAAAGUGAUUACAUAUAUAUCAUUAAAAUCUACCAAAAUCCAGUGGAAUUUGCUGGAUUUUGUUAGGUUUGUUUUUCUUGAAUGUUCUUAAAGAAACAUUUUUUUAGCUUCUUUUUUCCACCAAAAAAUUUUCAAAAAUUUCCUGAAAAUGUUGAAAAUGUGGACAUCAGAAGUUUCACUGAGAAAAUAAUUUUUUUCUCCACAUUUUCAAACUUUAAAACGGGUCAAUUUUGACGUGCAGGACGACACGAGGGUUAAUAAUGGUGCAGCUUUCUGUUAUAAUGUUAAUUAUUACACCUCUGCUUGUCCUGUUAUUACAAAAAUCUGUUUGUGCUGAAGUGAACCCACUCACGCUUUUUUAGUUAGUUACCAAACAGUGAUUCUCAACCUUUUGUCUUGUGACACAUUUCAUCACACAGGUGAAACACGGGCCUAAAUAUGGAAAGAGUUUAUAAUAUAUCUCGUUAAAGACACUGUCGACUUUUAGUUAUUUUUUCCUCAUGUGGUGCAUGCGGGUAACACGAUACAUUCCUGCUGAUGGUUUCAGGUUAUUCCAUCCAUCUACAGGUGGUAAAAACAAGCCUAGAUCUGUAGCAAAGCGCCAACAAAGGCAGUGAAGAAGGUGGCUGUCAGUAAGUCAAUAUGGAUGCAAUUAUAGACUUGUAAGAAAUCUGGCUUUGAAGAUGUUUUGCUGAAGGAAAUGCAUUCGUUCAACAUGUUUAUUAAUGUUAAGAAUAUGUUGGAUAGUUGUUGUUUUUUUUGUAGAGAUACUGAACUCCACAUGACACCUUAAAUUUAUUUAUUCUACUCCAGGUUGGGAAUCACUGUUUGUUAAACCAUCACCAGGCCCUGCUGAGUUUUACUAAACGGCUACAACACAUCCAAUCUUGUGUGACAUGAGACAGUAAAAGGUAUUUCUCAUAUUUGACCUAUUAGCUGAGGAUCUGGGCGCUGAAUCUCAGUUUAUCAGUCAAAGAAAGACAGUUAUUAUGUUUUAUCUGCAAAUAAUUACUGAACUGACAGUCAGUGCCAGCAUUGAAUUAUUUUACUUUCAGAAUCAUCUGGGGCCGUUUAUCUGGUUGAAAUACACCUCAUACAGUACGAAUACCUUUUUUCAGGUGAAGCCUUAACUUGCCUCUCUUGAAAGAUGAAUUUUCAUGUUGUGUUUUGAUGUUAAAAUUUCUCACCAGUCCAAUUCAGCAUCUCGAUUUUUAUACAUCUGAAAAUAACCCUUAAAAUGACCAAUUUGAUUAUCGUAGAACCGGACAUGUGCACGUGCAGUAACAUCAUUUUGGCCACUUGGGGUCAGUAGAAACCAGAUGUGCUGCCUUGGUUUCAGGUUUUGAUCAGCUGAUAAUUGUAAUUCCAGCAUUGAUUUGAAAUCAUCUGUGCGAAUUUGUUAGAGGAAGUAAUCUUUUUAAAUUUGCUUUUGACACUGCACCGCUUCACGUUUUAAAGAGCUGAUUUCAAACCAGACAAACUUGGAUCUAAUGGUUUUAACUGUGAAACGUUUCAGUGCUGUAAAAUCAAAUCAGCAUCAAUAUAAAGUACGUCACAGUUCAGUGCUCAUUUGCUAAUAAAUGUAAAAUGAUAUUGGGAUGCAGUGUAGUUUAACAGUGUUUUAAUGUGACAGGGUAUGCUGUAAAUAAGAAAUGUGACCAAAUAUUAAUUAACUUCGGGAUGACUGCAGGAACUACCUAAAUACAAAUCACAGGAGCUGAAGUAGUUUGUCGUCUGUCGUUUUGCUGCAUCUACAUUUUUAUUUUUAAAAUGUGUGCAAAACUAAAACCAAACAGUUCAAACACUUUGGCAAAAGUCUAAUAUGCGUUAGCAGAAACUGGUGGGCCGAAAAGAUUCUUGGAACGCUGCAGAUGUUGGAAAAAGGAGAAUUUAAAAACCACAAUCUUUAACAGCAACACUAUAUAUGCAGUUUUACAAAUGGAAGAAAUAUGCAUGUCUACUUUCUGGUAAUUUUUCACUGUUUACUUGAUAAAGAAAUGGAAAUCUAUGUUACUUGCAUCCUCGAGGUUAUGAAAUGGCUGUCUGAGGUAUCCAAAUCCAGUGUUGUUAUCUCGCAUUAAAUGCAUAAAAGAUGAGCAAAAGCCUUAGCUUGUAUGUGGCCCUUUGAAGGUGAACUUACCGCAUUGUAACCUUCCGAGAAAAGGGGCCACGUAUGUCUAUACUAUCGGUUUCAAUUGGAUGCUGGAUUUUUGCAUGACCAUUAAUAAAAAGCAUACAUUAAAAACUAUCAAGUGUUUGUUUGGAUGGUUGUUCUUCAUAGCUUUGUUAUUACUGGAAAAUGAAAGAGUAUUUAAUAAAAAUAGCAUUUCAAAACGGA